CUUGUACAGCGCCGUGCCAAACGUUUCCAGGCGACGUCAUCCUUCGACGAACAACGCCCCCUACCUGUAGACGUAUCCUCGUACCGGUGACCUCCUUCGCAGAGUCAACGUCACGUGGCAAGAAGCCAACGAGACGGUUUCGUUUUCUGAUGUGAAGUUUCAUCAAAAUACGCGAGACAUGUCGUAUUUACGCGGUUCCGCCAAUUAUGUUUGGAGUACAACGUGUGUGCUAGGGAAGGGUUCAACCGGUGCGGUUUAUCAAGGCGUGAAUAAAGCGAAGGGCGAUUCCGUCGCAGUAAAAACAUUCAAUCACGUAAGUCAGAUGAGACCUUACGAAGUACAAAUGCGAGAGUUUGAAGUCCUGAAGAAAGUGUGUCAUCAAAAUAUUGUCAAGUUAUUAGCUAUAGAAGAGGAAGUGGAAACUCAAAGUAAGGUUCUGGUGAUGGAGCUGUGUACUGGUGGGAGUUUGUUUACAAUACUAGACGAUCCACAGAACAGUAAUGGACUGGAGGAAAGCGAGUUCCUGUGUGUUUUAAGAGACCUUUCUGCAGGAAUGAAGUAUUUGAGAGAUAAUAACAUCAUCCACAGAGACUUAAAGCCGGGAAAUAUCAUGAAAUACAUUAGCGAGGACGGUAAAAGUGUGUAUAAGUUAACGGACUUCGGUGCUGCUCGAGAACUGGAUGAUGAUCAGCAGUUUAUGUCGUUGUACGGAACCGAGGAAUAUCUACAUCCCGACAUGUAUGAGAGAGCCGUGCUUAGACAUCCGGUCGGCAAGUCCUUUCGUGCUACGGUCGAUUUGUGGAGUAUAGGCGUUACUCUGUAUCAUUUGGCCACCGGAUCUUUGCCGUUUAGGCCUUACGGUGGAAGGAGGAAUAAAGAGACGAUGCAUUAUAUCACAACAAAGAAGGCUUCGGGAGUUAUAUCUGGCGUUCAGUGUACGGAGAACGGACCUAUAGAAUGGAGCGAAGAAUUACCUAAAUCGUGUCUAUUGAGUCAAGGACUUAAGAAUUUAGUUACUACUCUCCUUGCUGGUAUAUUAGAAUGUAACGCCGAGAAAAUGUGGUCUUUUGAUAAGUUUUUUGAUUCUGUUACAGAUAUUGUUAGUCGAAAAGUAUUUCAUAUUUUUUAUAUGAACGCGAGUAGAGAGAUCACAAUUUAUAUGCAGCCAGAAAAGAUAUAUAAUCAGUUGAAAGAAGAAAUCAUGAUUCAAACUCAUGUUCCUGUUGUAAAUCAAUUGUUACUGUAUGAAAAAGCUUUAUAUGACAAAUUAGUUGAACCAAAUGCAAAAGUUUCUAUUUUACCCAGUACUUCAAUUGAAAAUCCAUUGAUUCUUAUACAGAAAGAUAAUACUGAUAUUAAACUCCAAACGGGAAUGGAAGGGCCUUCGGCAAAAUUCCCUAUGUUUCACAUGUCGACCGUAAAUGUAGAGCAUGAUGCCGUUAUGGCUAAAACAUGUUGCAGUAUUGCCCACGCAGUAAAACGACUCAUCGAAAAACUUGUAAGAUCCUAUCGUAUGUUAUCGAAUAUUCCAAAUAUUCUUUUAUAUAUUAUAAAUGAAGAUGUAAAUAACUUAUCAAAAACAAUGAAACAACUUACACAGAGAGUGGAAGCACUUGAAGGACAAGUUAAAGUGUUUGUUACUUGUCAAGAAAAUAUUAUUGAGAUUAUAAAACAUUUUGAUUCAAACAGUUUAUCACUGAAUAGUUUAUCACAGCUUUCAAAAAUUGGAAUGGAAAAACAACAUAGCAAUAAUGCAAUCAAUCUUCAUCUUGCUUCAAUAAGAAAUAAAUUCAAGCCUCUAGAAUCAAUGCUUCAAACUAAACAACUACAAAAAGACUGGGAUACAGUAUUAAAUAAUUGUCCAAAACUGGAUGGUUGUAAUAAUAAAGCAGAAACUUACGUAAAUAAAAUACGUGACAGUUGGCAAGCUUUUGUUAGAGAUAAGACAUCACGUACACUUUCUUAUCAUGAUGAACAGUUUCAUUUACUAGAAAAAGUUAAGAUACAGCAAAACAGCAAAAAACUUCUAACACUAUUUCGUGAUGAAUGCGUGGAAGCCUGUCAUGUUUUGGCAAAAAAAUUAGAAAAAUGGUAUAAAGAAGCUCAAAAAAUGUUAAUCAUCAAAAAAAGUGUAGAGGAGGAAUUGAUAAUGGGAACUGAUAUGGUAGAUGUCCAUGACAUGGCUUUGAAAAAUAUGGAAGAUAAAUUUAGCAAAAAUGUAACAGAUCUGUUAACAGAAAUAAAACAGAAUACAAGUUUGGGAGUUAGUCAAAAGUCUAUUAAGCUUUCUUCACGGAUUAAACGUGAAUAUGAAAAAUUUAAAGAAGAAGAAAUUGGAACAAAAGAUAUCAUGGAAGAAACUAGUACUACUUUGGCAAAUAUUGAAAGUUUAUUAUCACAAUUUUUUGUAAAUCCAUUAGAAAAGUAUGAUCCGUGAUUUUUCCAAAUAUUCAAAACAAGACUUUUGAAUAUUAAGUUCAAAUACUUUAUUAAUUAGUUCCUUAAUGAUAUCCUUUUAUUGAUAAGGAUAAAUAGCAAGUAUAAUAUGUAUAUUGAAAAUUAUAGUUGUAUAAAUGAAGAAAAAUAUUCUAUUGUAUACUUUGUUUUUAAAUUACAGUAAACAGAAGAGCAAAAUUUUAAAUUGAAAUAUAUUGUGAAGAAUUAUAAAUUAAUAAUGGAAUUUCAAUACUGUCAAUAUGCAAUAUUUUAGAUAUAGUUUUUUUCCUGAAUGAAACUUCAUUCAAUUUAUGUUUAUGCUAUUAUAUACAAGCAAACUUAUUCGUUAUGUAAGAUAAUUUGAAAAAGAAAUAAAUAUAAUAAUUUUUGUUAUGUUAGAAGUUUUAACAUUAAUUCACCCAUUAAAACUUUUUUAAUUAUCCUUAGAAUUUACCAUCAUUAGAUUACAUAAACAUAUAAAGCAGUCAUGAACAUAUAGAUCAUAUGUGGCUCUUGAGGUCCUCAUAUGCAACCCUCAGGCUUUGCCAAUGUAAUUUUAUUCUGUUUUCUGCCUAAUAAAGCCAAUAUUUGUAACAAAGAACAUUUAAAUUAAACUUAACCAGUAAAACAAUGAGAAACUAUACAUUUUAGUACCUAGUGUACUGGUAGAAUUUUUUGGAGUUUAGGCUUAAAUCCUCCAUAAAAUGCAGCAGCCCAUAUGCAAAAGAGGUUACUCAUCACUGGUUAAAAAAAAAUGUUAGUUUGCUUAUCAAGAAAAAUCUUUGGAUUUCAGCAAAAUAUUUAAUAAGAUUGUCUUCAAUUUUGUAUUAAUUUUGUUAAUUACAUUGUUGGAAUUCAAAGGUAUCUUGUUAUUUAAAAGA